UAUGUUGUUUAUGCAAAAUUUAAUUACCAGAAAACAUGACUAAAAUUGGAAAGAGCCGUGUUUUGCUUGCGAGUCCAGCUAGGAACAAUUGCAAGAGCCAAUGGGUCAGUUUUCGCAUAACUCCACUAAUUACAUGAAGCAAUAAGUAUCAGAUAACCUAUCAACCAGGAUCGGAAUAGAUGAUAGGAGGAAAUCAACUCGUAUAUCAAAGUUGUGGAUUUUGUUCAUUGAAUAAUAUCACGAACCCACUAAGAAAUUGGUCUUACAGCAUAAAGAGCUCCAUAGCUCAACAAAAAUUCAAAGAAGCCCUUCUAAUAUACACCCAUAAUCGUAUUAAUGGAAGUUCAGUAAUGGGUGUUGUUCCUUUAGUGCUAAAGGCAUGUGCUGCACUUUCACUCCUUAGCCUUGGCAAAGCCUUACAUGCUGAAUCAGUGAAAUCAAGAUUUGAUUAUAAUGUAAUGGUGGGGACUGCAUUAUUAGAUAUGUAUGGAAAAUGUGGCGAAAUUCGCAGUGCCCGUAAAGUGUUUGAUUAUAUGCCUGAAAGAAAUGUGAUUACUUGGAAUGCUAUGGUCGGGGGUUAUAUGAAAAGUGGUGAUGUAAAGACUGCAUUUUUAUUGUUUGAGAAUAUGUCUGAGAAGACGAUUGUGACAUGGAACGAAAUGAUUUAUGGGUACGCGAGAAAUGGAGAUAUCGUGAUGGCAAGGAGGUUUUUUGAUCGGGUAAAAGAUGAGUUGAGGAAUGUUGUGACAUGGAGUGUGAUAGUUGAUGGGUAUGCUGGUAAUGGGGAUAUGGAUGCUGCAAAGGAACUGUUUGAGAUGAUGCCAAGAAGGAAUUUUUAUGUAUGGUCGUCGAUGAUUUCUGGUUAUUUUAAGAAGGGUGAUGUUAAGAGUGCCAAGGGUAUAUUUGAUAGGAUGACUACGAAGAGCUUGGUGAAUUGGAAUUCAUUGAUAUGUGGUUAUACACAAAAUGGGUUGUGUGAAGAAGCCUUGGAAGCAUUUAUCAAAAUGCAAGAUGAAGGUCUUGAACCAGAUGAGGUUACUGUAGUUAGUGUUUUAUCGGCUUGUGCCCAGUUGGCGGUAUUGGAAGUUGGCAAGGAUGUACAUGAAAUGAUAAUUCGUAAAGGGAUUGAAUUGAAUCAAUAUGUUCUUAAUGGGUUGGUUGACAUGUACGCAAAAUGUGGGGAUUUACGUAACGCCAAAUUGAUAUUUGAAGGAAUGAAAGUUAAAAAUGCUGCUGCUUGGAACUCACUAAUAGCUGGUUUUGCUAACCAUGGCCAUUGUGCGGAGGCAAUUAAUUUUUUUGAGAGAAUGGAUAGUUCAGGGGUGAAACCUAAUGAUAUAACAUUUCUUUCAGUUCUAUCGGCUUGUGCCCAUGCUGGAUUUGUGGAGGAAGGUUUAGAGAUUUUCUCCAGGAUGGAGAAAUAUGCACUGACACCGAGCAUCAAGCAUUAUGGUUGUCUUGUUGACCUUUUGGGAAGGGCAGGAAGACUAAAAGAGGCUUGUGACUUGAUAAAAGGGAUGCCUGUCACACCAAAUAAAACAGUUUUAGGGGCUCUGCUUGGAGCAUGCUGGGUUCAUUCGGACACAGAUGUCGUGGAAAAACUUCUGAAAGAGGUCAGAAAAUCGAACUGCAGUAGCGAUUCCAGAGAUGAUGCACAUUAUGUGAUUCUUUCUAAUAUAUAUGCUGCUGCUGAAAGAUGGGAGAAAGCUGAAAGGAUGAGGUUUGCCUUGUCAGAUAAAAGGUCUCAAAAGACACCAGGGUGUAGUGUGGUCAUGCUUGAUAGACCAGAGACUAGUAUGCAAGUAUUGCCAGAGAAAACUUCUAAGACAUGAUACUAACUCUAGCCAAGUGGACAAUAUGAGGUGAUUGUCGUGACAAUCAAACAAGAGUUUUUAAUUCCUGAUGCAGCAAUCAGUCCAGAAGAGGUACCUUCUGAAGACUUAUAAUAUUGGUAGGGUAAACGGUUUACAAUAAUCAUUCGUAGCUAAAAUUUGUUACAAAAUUCAAUCCAGAGGAAAUUCUCCUCUCAUAUAUUUAACUGUAUGUUCUACUAGAGGUGAUGUGUCUUCUUGUAAGUAGUUAUGGUUAUAGUGACCAUCUUCUUCCUUGGCGUUCCACUUCUGUUGCGGUGCUAUCACGCAUGGGGUAGACCAUAGAUGUGUAAUCAGACAACCCUGAAAGACUCAGCAAUCUUUCUCAAAUCUUUGUAAUACCUUUUCCAUUGAAGACCUGUGCAAUCACAGCAAGUUGAAGGAUUUGAACAAUUUAAAAUAGCAGAUAUUCUGAAGAUAGAAAGCGUGGAUUUGAUUCUUACCAUUUCCAGUAACAUUGAACAAGUAUAAGCGAUUUCCAGCGGCUGUUGCUGUGAUCAUUACAUGUGGCGGCUCUAAUUCAAACUGGUAAUAUGUUCUUCCCAAAUGCUUUGCUACUUCAGAUCUUAAGACUUUACCUUCAACAUUCUCUCCAAUAACUUCAGGCCCAAAUGCGCUAAUCACUUUAUCAGGAGGUCCAAUUUGUUCUAUGGUAGCUUCUUCACCAAUAUCUGAGUCAUAUUUUGAGUAGAAUACCACCAAAAUUGAAUCCGUUAGAGACAAAUUGAGUUGAUUAUAUUUAUUUGCCCCCAUGUUUUUUACAUAUUCAUCCCUAUGUUCACCUAAGAUCACUCUUUCAGUACUAGAAUAGAAGGAAGAAAAAAUAUGAGAUGCCCACCAUCUGAAAAUCUUUUAACAGGAGCCACAAUUACAAAGAUUCUCCCUUCUUUUGGAUUCGCAAAUCUCAAGUCAAUCUCUGUACCACCUAGAUCAGCAAUUGACACAGGGACCUGUUCAACAGGUGAAAACAUUAAAAGUGAACCUGAGUAAGGUAUGUCCAAUCAUGCCCAAGUUGAUUAGUAUCAAGCUCAAAGGUAAUUUCUCUGACAUUGUCAACUACUGAUACACAUGCAGUUUUGACUAGAUGGAUUCUUACCUCUUCCCAAUUAUCAGGCACGGAAAAAGUGUAAGGAAUCAUGGGACUCCAUCCAACACCAUGUCCACCUGAUUUCUCAUCCGGUCUUCGAAAGUCCAGGAACUCUCCCUGCUAGAAGACCUUGUUUAACUACAGCAGAUCCCUCUCCAGGAAAACCAAGCAGUACUGAUGAAAUCAAAGAAGCACCAGAUACAAUAGCUGACCUCCUAUUCAACGAGCCUGCAGAUUUCUCACAAUCCCGAUUCACUGUAACAUCUUCUUUAGAACAAGCAGCAGCUUUAAUUCUUGAACACCCUUUUUCUGGAACACCACGAGGAACCACAUGGUGAGAGGGAUUCACCUGUCUGCUCAGGUUGUUUUUCCAUGAAAGGCAGCUGCUGCUGUAUACAAAUGUCCCCAUUUCCCCCCAACCAAGAAAGUAGGAGAAAGAAAUGAGGUUUAUGGAAUUUUUUCUAUUCAAUAUUGAGGAGAUCCAAUAUGGGAAAUUUCAGAUACUUGGUUUCAGAUUGAAGCCUCUUUGAUUAUGCUGUCGGGCUUUAAACUUAUGAAUUCUUCCUGGUAAAGUUAAAAUUGCUUUGAUUGGGUUUACACCUAGCAAAAGCUGAGGUCCACAGGGUUUGGAAUGUCUUGAGAUUUUUGUGGUUGUGGUGUCACUUAAUAGAAGAUUUGGUUUUUGCUUCAUCGCAUAAAAUUCUUGAAGGGUCUGGCAUUGCAUGUUACCACUUGUCACUUGCUGCUCACUAAAUUAAAUAAAAGUGAAGACCACAUUUUGGAGUUA